AUGCUGUUCUUUGAGAUGGAAGCCGGGCCUGGCCUGAACCCGUUUGCAUUCCUGCACACGAAGUCUGCAAAACUGGCAGCUGUUGAUCCUCCGCGGCUUACGUUCACCCUGUGCGAACAUGGCGCAGAUUCGGAGACGGCCUCUAGCAGUUCGAAGACCGGACUGGGUGGGCUCCAGCUGGUGGUUCUGUUGCGAGACGGCCGUUUCCAGGCCUUCCAUGUGAAGAAGCUGGUCCUGCGCGUCAGUGAUGCUUCUGCUCUCAAAGCUUGGGUGGAAGCAAUCGCUUCCGCCAAUGAUCCCUGUGGGGAGAUUGGUGACGACGUGCCUGUGUAA